AUGGCAUCGGCACUUCCAUAUGCGCCUCCAAGUCGCAAGGCCAAUCCUACAAAUAUGUCGAUGCAAGCACUUCGUCCCACCACGCGGGGUACAAUAGGAAGUGGAACAACAAGUUCGAAUGGGAGUUUUCAAAGGAGAACUUCCUUAUCUUCAUUUCCAUCCUCUCGUUCUCCUUCAGUCAUGUCACAACGUCGUCCUUCACGAAGUCCGAAUCCCCCACCAAUCGACACGGAUCGAACUUCUGAUCCAAGUACCGUCACUUCCAAAACUCCCACCAGCGGUGUAUCGUCCCAACACUCAUCAUUAUCCGCUCCAAAUAAAUAUAAUUCAAGUGCACAUCCUGCCAGAAAACUGAAAUCACAAUAUCCUCGAGGAGAUACAGAGAAUCAUGUCGAAUAUAUACUGGUGGCAUCAUUUGAUAUUGACAAGGGACCGAUUAUGGAACAUCAAUACCCUGUUGCUAUAACGGGCGACGAGCAUAUGUUAGCAGAAUUGAUGUUACCAGAUCAAGCCCACGUUCGAAACCAAGAUUGGACAAUAUUUUUCCUACAUAAAGAUACGAGUCAGGACGAAGAAGAGGCAGAGGAGAAGGCAGAAAGAAAAAGAUUACGAAAGGCAAAAAAGGAAGCUAGGGCAGCUCUUUUUGAGAGUGGGAAUGUUGACCCUUUAGAAAGGGUGGAAGGUAGUGAGGAGGAUUCAUCAGAAGAUGAUGAACCAGAAGGAGGCGAAGGCCCGCCUUUAAUAUAUGUUUUGAAUCUUGUAAACACAAAGCAAGACAAGACGGCCAAAAGAGGGGCUGUAGUGAAAGCCAUGGCAAUAUGUACUCGACAUCCAUUUCUACACAUUUAUAAGCCACUUCUAUUGUUAGCUCUUGAAGAAUAUUUUAAAACACCUCAACCAUCUACGCUGGCGGAGUUAUAUGAGGCUGUAAAUACAAUGGAUUUAUCAUUAAUGCCUAAAUUGAGCAUACUCGAACGUCAUCUUCUACAAGCUAGCGACAACAAAGAUCUAUUUGUAGAGAAGUUUGAACAGAUGAUUCAAAUGCGUAUGGCGGAGGACAAAGGCGAAGCGCUGGACGAUAUGGCAGCCAUGUCCGAAAGUCCAGAAAGGAGACCAGGUUUGGUGCGAAAUGGUACAAAAGCACAUGUUCAACAACUCAUACAUUCGAAUUACUCGGUACCUCGGGACACACACGAAUUCGAGACCAAGGUCAUGUAUAAUGGAAUUCCGAUACCCAUCAAGGUUCCUGUUGCAGUAUCUCCUGAGACAGUCGGGGAUUUUUCUCUUGUAAAACUCAUACAGACAUACAACGAUCCUCAUGUCAAAUCCCCCAUUCCGUUCGCGCUACAUCCUCAUCUUACAACGGGAGGUGUACAUACUCAUCCUAUCAUUGUGUUAGUCAAUGCAAUGUUAACUCAAAAACGUGUCAUCUUCCUCGGUCACAAUCGUCCAUCAGGUGAAGUUGCUGAAGCUGUACUUGCAGCUUGCGCUUUAGCAUCCGGGGGAAUUUUGCGUGGAUUUACACGCCAUGCUUUUCCAUAUACCGAUCUUAGCAAAAUCGACGACCUUUUAAAAGUACCAGGAUUCAUUGCAGGUGUAACAAAUCCAACUUUCGAGAAUCAUCCAGAAUGGUGGGACGUAUUAUGUGAUAUACCAUCUGGCCGAAUGAAAAUCAGUAGUCGAAUCGAACAAGCACCACUUACAGAAGGACUUGCAAAUUUCCAGCAACAAAACCCGGCUUAUGCCAGUGCUACAAAUGUUGCAACUUCAACUAGCCAGGCUGCCAGUGAUCCAACCGGCGAUGCUGCAUUCAUGAAUGAUGUGAUUCGCAGUAUUGCAGCUAGACAUGGUGAGGGUGUCAUUCGAGCCAAAUGGCGAGAUUGGGUUGUCAAAUUCACCAGAAUCUCGGCCCAAUUUGAAGAGAGUGUUUACGGCGCAAGUGCUUUGUAUAUCGGGGUAGAAAAAGCAGAGCCUGGCAAUGAAAACGUCAGUGGCCACGGAUACGUUUGGCCUGAUGACCAUGCGAAGUUCCGUGAGCUCGCUAGUAAUGUAAAUCGAAUCGAGGGCUGGAGAUCCACUCGAAGUUACUACAGCUUCAAGCAGGAUCUCGUGCAGCUGUACAACCUUCGACCUCUCAAAGCCCUUGACCUUCAUCACCUGCACGAUCGUCUCCGAAUGACAAAGCUCACUCCUAGUGCAAGCCGUGAUAUAUACGUUGCCAUGGAGAAAUACACACAUUCAUAUGAUGAAAUAUGUCAGCUUCUAGCUGUAGCACCCGAAUCACAUGCGGGACUCUUCUAUAUUGCCCUUGGACUUUUUCACAAAGAUCGAGAUGUUCGAAUGAGAGUUGUUGAUUUGUUGGAAAGGAUCAGCGAUCAUGAAGCUGGACGACAUUGGUGGAAAGCCUUGAGUCGAUUCGAGAAAUUAGCUUUUAUUCGCAUUAGGAGAGAAGCAGAAGCAGAGAUGAGGGCUAAGUUGGGGGGUGUUGAGAGAGAUAUCUCGGCUGAUGGUGAUGCAAUGGUUUUAGGAAGACGGAUGUCAUUCAAAACUACAGCAACCAUUGCCUCCUUUGGCGGCAAAUUGCUAAAACUUACGCACGAUGCUAGCACAGUGGGCUGCGAAAUGGCAUUGAAUCUCUAUCUACCACCUAAAGCUUCUGCGGAGAAAAAAGUGCCAGUGAUUUUUUACCUAGCCGGUCUUACUUGUACGGGAGACAAUGGAGCCGAGAAGGGAUUCUUCCAGAGUGCGGCGAGUGAGAAGGGAAUCGCGGUGGUAUAUCCCGAUACUAGUCCGAGAGGUCUCAACAUAGCCGGCGAAAACGAUUCCUGGGAUUUUGGCACUGGAGCUGGCUUUUACAUUGACGCCACUAAUCCUCCCUACUCUACAAACUACAAAAUGUAUAGCUACAUCACCUCCGAGCUCCCCUCUUCCCUCUUCUCCUCCUUCCCCGAACUCGAUUCUGAGAGAAAAAGUAUUAUGGGUCAUUCGAUGGGUGGACAUGGUGCUCUUACUCUCUUCUUGAAGAACCCGGGAAUGUACAAGAGUGUGAGUGCUUUUGCGCCAAUUUCCAAUCCGGUCAAAUGCCCAUGGGGAGAAAAGGCUUUCAAGGGCUAUUUUGGAGAAGAAAAGAAGGACGAAUGGAAGAAGCAUGAUGCGACGGAGUUGAUCAGCGAGUUCAAAGGAGAGUUUCCGGCUUUGAUUGAUGUGGGAACGGGAGACAACUUCUAUAAACAGGGACAGUUGUUACCAGAGAAUUUCGAAGCUGCGGCAAAGAAGUCAGGAAAUGACGGCAAUUUGACGCUUAGAUACCAAGAGGGAUACGAUCACUCAUACUUCUUUAUCUCGACAUUUGGAAGAGAUCACAUUGAACAUGCCGCUAAAUAUUUAUUCGCAUAG